CGAGAUUACUCAAUAUCAUUCAGUCGUGUUCAAAAUGAAUGAGAGCUUCAUUUUGUACGGAAACAUGAUGGAUCGUGGCGCGUCGAUAUCUAGCGCUAGCGCUGUGAUGAGUAACGUCACGGAACUAACCAAAUUUGCGGAUCUACGGGGAUGAGGAUGUAAGGUCCCCCAGGAAGUUUUAACAAAACUUCUGGGGGAGGACGAAGGUGCCAAUGCAGACAAUAAGAUAGGUAUAGGUUUAGACUCAUGCGUGAUACCCCUUCGCGAUAAUCUAUUCAUGAUCCAAAGCACCGACUUCUUCUAUCCGCUCAUCGACGAUGCCUUCCUGAUGGGUAGGGUAACCUGCGCAAACGUUCUGAGUGACCUCUUCGCUAUUGGCGUCACCCAAAUUGACAGUCUAAAUAUUAUUAUGUCAGCUUGCGAGCAAAUGACACCGGGAGAGCAACAAGCUGUUAUCCCAACGAUUAUAGCUGGAAUGAAGAGCGUCGCUAUGUCAGCUGAUAUAAAGAACAUCUCGUUAAAUCAGAUUGUUAUAAAUCCAUGGUGCAUGAUAGGUGGCACAGCAACAGCGAUUGUUACAGAAAAAGAAUUCAUUAGCCCCAUAAACGCACAAGUUGGUGAUUAUCUGAUCUUAACGAAACCACUGGGAGGCCAAAUCGCUUGUCUAGCACAGAUCAGAGCACGUGAGGCGGAUAAAUGGGAAAAUCUUAAAAAACACUUCACCCAAAGCGAACUUCAUGCCGCCCAUACCAGUGCACUAGAUUUCAUGAUGACUCUAAAUAAAGACGCGGCCGAACUAAUGCACAAGUAUAACUGUCACGCUGCUACCGAUGUGACUGGAUACGGUAUUUUGGGUCAUGCGCAAAAUUUAGCCAAGUAUCAGAAGAAUAAUGUAAAAUUCAUUCUUCAUACCAUGCCGGUUAUUAAGAAUGUCUUGAAAAUGGCAGAAGCGAUGGGCAUGUCCCAGAAGUUACUCCGAGGAUCUUCACCAGAAACAUCAGGUGGUUUGCUCAUAUCCAUCAAUAAGGAUUGCAUCGAGAAUUUCCGAGAGGAUCUUGUAAGGAUGAACGAAGAAGCUAACUGUUGGAUUGUCGGUAUAGUCGAGGAAGGAGACCGUACCGCCGAGUUAUCCCAACACCCAAAUAUCAUCGAAGUCUAAACCUAUAAACCUGUCAGCAUCUUCCCAUUAUGAUUAAAAUCAAGGAAAGUUCUUCGUAAUUGUUGGUUUUAUGAAGUUAGGAAUUUGCUGUUGUCUGCAUGCAACUUGAAAAUACCUAUAAUUGUUACCCGUAGUUAAUGUUGUUUUAGCGAGCACAGAGAUGUGAACGGUAUGUUAUUUAUGAUGCAGGUCUUCUUCGCCUUGAUUGACGACUCUGGGUAGAAGGAUAUCUUUGCUACGGGAAGAAGCGCACAUUCAACGAUUAACGUAUCUUCAACUUGUGUCUCAAUUAAUUAGGAAAAUUAUAUACCAAUAUGAUAUCUACUAAAAUUAAUAUAUAAUCACUAUUAUAUAAAGAUCAAUUAAUUAAUCAAAAAAUGUUACAACUGUAUAUGAAUAGUCUAUUUGAAAAAUAAGUCAAUUACAUAAGACUAAUACUUUGCAAACAAAGAAACCAAA